AAUUGCUGUUUUACUUCGCUCGCGCCUCCCAUUUGCUCUGACGUUCUGACUGUUGUGCUCGCUGUGCGUCACGAUGACCUCGAUACCCAAGACACCAUCUCGCUAUAGAUCACGUUCAGAUGCAAAAACGCCGCUCACUCCAUCUAUCAUCUCUGCCUUCAAUAGUAUCUCCAUCUCCCCACAGAAACGAUCUCAUCCUGCUGACCUCUCGAAUCCAUUUAUCACCAAAUCACGACACGCAUCUCCCGUAAAACGCGCAACUGGAGGUGGAAUUGCAGUCUCAGACUCAUUUCAGCGCCAGGCGGGUGGAGGAGUCAUCAGAAAAGGCGGCAUCGAAACCCGUUUGGACGUCGUUUCACGCGACUACUUGCCCCCUACAUCACAGCCUAGACCAGAGCUCAAACGCUCGAGAUCAACUCCUGCCACCCGAGAACGCACACAAUCUACCAGUGACAAUCGUGAUCGUUUCAUUACCACUCGUGAAGCGGAUGAUGUUGCUGCCACGCUCGAACUCAUGAGUCUCAACCCCAAAACUGUAUCACCAGGGCACACAGCUCGUCUUGCAGCUGCUACAGGCGUCCCUCUCAAUCGCCGCGUGCUGGCUUACCACGAGGCGCCCCCAGCUUCCUCUUCAGACUCUACGCUUUCCCAGCAGCGUGAACUGGCCCGUCCACUCUACGGACGCCCAGGCGAACUCCCUUCAUCAACUAGCUCUACAACGAACAAGUCCCGUCGCAUUCCCACUCAGCCUGAGCGCGUUCUUGAUGCUCCAGGCAUGGUUGAUGACUUUUACCUCAAUCUGGUGUCAUGGUCUGUCCAGAACAUUGUCGCUGUCGCCCUUGCUGAGAGUACGUACGUCUGGCGGGCCGAUACGGGGAUCGUCUCCCACCUUGGUGAAGCACCUGAGGGUACAUAUGUCUCCUCGGUUGAUUUUUCGAAUGAUGGCGCCUACCUCGGUGUUGGUCUCGGGACGGGAGAAGUUGAAUUGUGGGAUGUAGAAGCUGGACAAAAGCUCCGGACGAUGGGUGGACAUCAGGGCCAAAUUGCUGUACUCUCUUGGAACGCCCACAUACUGAGCUCUGGAUGUGGGGAUGGAAGCAUAUGGCACCAUGACGUCCGUGUCCCUCGGCACAAGGUCAUGGAGUUACUUGGACACACAGGAGAAACGGCGAACUACUGGCGAGCGGGGGGUAACGAUAAUGUCGUCAAUAUUUGGGAUGGGCGCGUAGGCGAUGUUGCGGAGGGAGCACGUGGGCAGGCCAAGUGGACGAAACGGAACCAUACCGCAGCUGUAAAGGCAAUUGCUUGGUGCCCCUGGCAAUCUUCCCUCUUGGCUAGUGGCGGGGGCACAAACGAUGCAACUGUUCAUGUCUGGAAUAGCGGUACUGGCGCCCGCCUGCAUUCUCUCAAAACGCCGUCCCAAGUCACGUCCAUCAUCUGGGCACCGCACAAGAAAGAAAUUCUCACUACUCAUGGAUACCCAACAAAUGCAAUUAUGGUGCACGCGUACCCGUCGCUCGAGCGUAUCGCGGAGAUACGCGACGCACACGACUCGCGGGUGCUGUACACAGCGGUAGGGCCUGCGGGCGAUGUCGUGUGCACGGGUGCCGGAGACGAGAAUCUGAAAUUUUGGAGGAUAUGGGAUGCGGUGGGUGCAAAGAAGAAGAAAGAGGGGAAAGAGAGGUCGAGUUCGACGACGAGGUCGGGGAUUUUGUCGAUACGGUAAUCUGCAAGUUGAUGUAUAUUCUCUUAUGGGGGAAUACCCACCCGAAUUGAUUGUUACAUGUUCGUUGCUCAUGACACGAACGAGUUGCGAACGCAAAUCUCAAAC